UGAUAUGGUACAGUAAAGGGUAGAUUCUUGUGAUUAUUUUUCACAAUUAUGAAUUACAUAUAUUGAAAAUGUCACUGUCUUUAUUAUGAAUAUUUAGAAAAGUGUAAAGAAUCAUACAUAAUUAGGAUACAAAAUAAAAAAAGAAAAAAUAUUAUCGACAAAUUGAAAUAACAACCCUGGUAUAUUUCAGAAUGUCUGUAGCACCUGAUAUAUUAUUGAAACAGUCCUUACGAAAAUUGGAAUUUCCACUAUGUGCCAAAGAGGCCCUUGUCAAAAUAGGAGAAUUAGUCUGUGCACGAGUGACUAAUAUCAAGCACAUGGAUUUUUGUCUGGCCUUAAUGUCAGAAUUCUUAUUUUAUGAGAUCGACAGGAGAGGAAAUAAGCGUACUAACCCAUUGACAGCAAUUGCAGAACUUCAAUUGAUUGAAGUUCUUUAUGAAUAUUUCACAAAUCUGACUAAUGAGUCAACAAGAAAUACAGUUUUCUUGUCACUCUUUACUGGAACUACAGCCAAUCAACGUAUAGGAGUCUUAAGUAAGCUUGUAUCCAUCGCUGCAGGUAUACCAUGCCCAAGUAUUUUAAUAUCUGCUACUGCCUGGAUGCAACAAUUAGGAAAUAAUUCUGAGAUAAGUUGUAAAUUAGCAGAAGCUUUGGUUGUGGAUUACUUCAUCUUAACAACUGGGAAUCCUAAAAUAAAAUUGCUUCCCGAUAUUGCUCCACAAUUCAUUGCAAAUUUCUUAACAGCAACGGCAGAAAAUUACUUUGUGGAAAAUGGCAAAGAUAUGACUUUUCCACCACUCAGCUUAUUAGAAACAGUUACUUAUUAUAUUUCCAAUAACAGCUCAUUAUGUAUAGCAGCCCAGCAACAACCACCAAUGUUGCCUCCUGGUGCUAUCGCAAUGGAAUCUAACACUCCUAUUGCAGGUCUACUGAGGUGGUGUGUGUUAGCACCCUUAUAUAAUCAAAAUUCUGAACUGUAUGUUAGACUUCACUUGGCAUUGUUAGAUAGUAUUCUAGAAAUACCAUAUACUAAUCCCCCCAAAGCAAUUUCUGCACAAAGUCUUUCCAUCACUUUAAGGUCAAUUAUGAAUUAUGUUGCUGAGUUAAAAAAGCAAAACAAAAAUUUAAGUGAAAUAAUAGACCACGCCCCCUUGAAAAUAUCCCUAGACAGGCAAGCUCAAGCAAUUCAAGUUGCCUUAUUUGUGAAAUGUGUUUAUGGUAAAGUAGAUGAAUUGGUGAAUUACCUACAAAUCUUGCCUUAUAAUAAGUUGAUGAAAAUUGUGAUAAUUACUCAUAAGCAGAUUAAGUGAUCAAGUUUUAUUAAUAUAUUGUUACAAACAAAUUGUGAUAAAGAAUGGAUGAAUAGGAAAUUAUUCCACUUUGGAAUUACUGCUAUUCAAUUCAAAAUUUUGUUUGUUUAAUAUAUAAUGGAAUUAAUUUCAACUUCAACUACAAUCAGUUUCAUACAAAUGCUGUACUCAAGCUCCUCAUAUUAAUCGAGAGGGCUUUUUCAAAUUAACGUAAUGUCAUUAGUUCACUUGAUUUUUUACUUUGUCUGCUUUCAUGAGAAAUGUUUUCAUCAAAUGAUGAUAAGAAAAAUUCAUAUCAAAAUUACUACUAGAAAUUUUGUAUGUAUUUGUGGAUCUUAGCAGCAAUUGGAUACAUUGCAAUGUAAAUAUGUAAAGGGAUUCCAGAGUAAAUUUUCUGCUUAAGUAUGAGUCAAUAUUUUAUGUAAAUAAAAGUGAUGUCCUCUA